UCUUACCGCCGCCGGAAGAAGAUUAGAGACGGACGAAUUUACUUCUGCGCCUGCUGGUGAUUUUUGAUCGACGUUUCUGUUUGGGUUGACGCGGUUGUUGUUUCUUGAGCGAUGGAUCGCAGCCGGUCACGCGAGAGAGCGGCGAGAGAAAGAACACAUGACAAGAAGAAACGCAGACGUUCCCCCUCUUCGUCGUCAUCUUCGUCGUCUUCCUCCUCCUCUUCGUCGUCCAGCACCAGGGGGCGAAGCUCAUCGUCAAAGAAAAAACAACACAGGAGUCAAGAUGCAAAAACAAAAAGAAAAAAGCGAAGCCGAAGCUCAUCUUCUUCGUCAUCUUCAUCGUCAUCUUCGUCCUCGUCAAGUGAUGAAAAGUCCAAAAAGAAGAAAAGCAAAGAAAAGAGGAAGAAAAGGAAGCUGAAGAAGGAAAAGGCGAAGCUGAAGAAACAAAGAAAAAAGGAGAAAAAGAAGGAGAAGCUGAAAAAGAAGAAAGCGGAGGUGCCGUUGCCUCCGGGUCCGGUUGAGAAGCCUCCAUCAUACCUGGAGAUGUGGCAGAGUGAGGAGGGGGCAGUGGAGCUCGGACCUGUUAUGACAGAUGAGCAAAAGGCCAGACUUUCUACUAAGCGACCCCUCACCAAGGAGGAGUAUGAGGCCCGACAGAGUGUGAUUCGCAGGGUGGUAGACCCUGAAACAGGACGGACCAGAUUGGUGAGAGGAGAAGGAGAAGUCAUCGAGGAAAUAGUGAGCCGAGAAAAACACAAAGACAUUAACAAGCAAUCCACCGUGGGAGAUGGGAAUACCUUCCAAAGAACGCUGGGAAUCAACAGGUAGAAGAUGCAGUUUUCUCUUUCAGAAGAACAGAUGAACUAAGCUGGAACGAAGAACGCUGAAUGGACUCAUCAGACAAGUAAAAGGGGCAGUAAUAUUUAACAAAGUGCAUAUUUAAUAUGUAUAUGCAAGCUCACAUAUAAAGUAAGGAAAUGAAUUUUAAUUUGUGUUGCAUAGAAACAGGAGCAAAGAUCAACAAAGGAAAUGUCCCGAAUAGCUUGAACAUCUGAGACUUGUUUUCUGUAGGAUUAUAAUCAUCUUUUAAAGCACUGACGGUAGGAAUCCUACAUGUGCUCACUCAUUUGUUGUGAUUGCAAACAGUCAAUUCAAAUGAUGUCUACCUGUAUAUUAGCAAAAUAUCAAAGUACUGUAAUGUAAAACUGUAUAAGAAGCUGCUUAACUAUUAUCUAGGUGAUGCUGCAAACAUUUUUUUGUCUUUCGGUUGCAUACUCUACAUCCAGUCUUCUCACCGCUACAUCUCAAAUUUGUAUUCUUUCAAUAAACCUGCAUUUUUGCGACCUGA